UGGUCAGGACCAGAACAUUCCUAACUUCGCACUUUCAGACGGAGUACAGUACUUUCGUAGACGGGAAGCGCCAUACAGACCGACAGAGUGGAGACGUCAAAGCGGAGUGGAGCUCUGCCUCCACUGCAUCCAAUGUCUGAUGAGACGUCGUCGGGUCUCGAUGAACAGUCUGACAGCACGCAAUUAAAGGUGCUUCCGGGAAGACUGGGGACUUCCGCUGAUCUCGAAUGCAACGAAAAUGAACAGACAUCUGAUUCCAACGCAGGUGGUGAGAAUUCGUCCGUCAGGCCACGCUUGUCUAGGUACCAAAGUUUCACGCAAAGGACUCCGACAACUUGGGAAACGGACACCGUAUCGCGGGAAGAUAUCCCUGUACUAUCGACAUCGACUGGCCCGACAGAGGAAAACACCAGGGUAUUUACCCCUGGCCGGACAGAGGAAAAUACCAGGGUAUUUACUCCAGGCCGAACAGAUACAGAAUCGCAGGUUGAGUCUUUUCAGUCGCCGCCAUUGGUGCAGCGAUCGUCUUUGAAGAAAAAUGGCUCUGCUGGUGAUAAACUCCGAGUUUCAAGAGUACAUCCGAUGCUUUCGAAUGGUGAACCGAGUGACGCAUCGGAGAGUCUUUCAAAUUUGGCAGAGCUAGACAUGGCAAAAUUGGUGCAUACCAAGUUGUCUCUACACAAAGUACACAUUGCAUCAAGGAAUAACUACGCCGUGGCAGCAAAACCGCAGCAGCAAAACGACCCGUCAGUCCAUCGCAUGAUCUACUUUCGCACGAAGAAAGAGGUCAGCGAUUUGUUUUACUUGCCACCGGUGUCAUUAUGGGGUCGUCGGUUCGACCGCGCCGUAUUUAUUCUCAUUUUGUUGGGAAUUGCGGACCUGGCCAUCGAAACGUGCGAUGGGCCGAACCGGGGGAGUACCGAUCCAGGAUAUCCUUAUCUACCGACUGAGGCGCAACACGAAAUUUAUGACGGCUUAUUAGCGGGGUUUUUCACAUUGGAAUUUCUCGGACGUAUUAUUCAGACAAGAAGCAUUCGAGCAAUUGCUCGUGAUCCAUACAUGUGGUUAGAUUUGCUUGGGAUUUCUCCGUGGUAUAUUAUGCAAGUUUUGGAACCUUUGAAUGUGGAAGCUGAUAUCGAACGCCGCGUGAGCCAACUUAGACUAGUUCGCACAGUGCGCUUGGCAUUUAUUUUGCGGCACAAUGAGUCGACAAAAAUCAUUUACCAGGCCGUAAGGGCCAGCCUCCGACCUCUGAGCAUCACCAUGUUCUUCCUAUUCACGUUGGUUAUGAUACUUGCUACAGCAAUUUUCUACGCUGAACCCUGCUACAACGUGGAAACUUGCACAUUUACUGAUAUCUUCAACUCGGCGUAUUUUGUUAUGGUCACGGUCGCAACAGUGGGCUAUGGCAACCAAGUACCAUCUUUGAAGAAUCCAGGCUCACUCAUGCUGACGAUGAUCGCAAUGAUUCUUGGACAGAUCUAUUUCUCGAUGCCUGUGGCGAUUAUCGGCAAUAAUUAUCAGCUGACAUACGAGAGUUUUCAGUUGGACAAGAAAAAGAAGAAAGCCCGCUUUCUAGAUGCGUCGCUUUCUCCUUUUGAUUGUCAAAAACUUCAUAACCACGCCAAGCGACUUUGUGAUAUUCAGUACCAUUUAUUGAACUCGUGGUCAAUUCUACACAGCCAUAUCCACAACAUGACGCGUUCAGCUACCGAAUCCAUGACAAUGACAAUGGAAAUGCUUGCAAAUGAGGCUGAUCGUCUGGAUAAAAUUAAGGAAGGCAUUGACCGCUUACUGGAGGUCCAUGCAGAAGCCGUCACACUGCUACAAGUAUUUAUUCCUCACCGGAAAAGAUCACUUCACUUGGAUCUGGAUACUAACUCACAUGGUGUGCUGGGUAGUAUGUAUGCAAAGGCAAAGAAGGCUAUAACCAAGGCGAAGAUAAGAUCAGGCCACCUUUCAGGUGUUGUCGACCCAAUUACAGCGUCUCAGACGCUCAGAGGCCGGGUGUGGUUGCUGGUAGAAGUACCAGAUUCAUCUCGGCUUGCUGCUAUAGUGAACCAAGCAAUGGUCGGGUUUGCACUAGUCAGCAUCAUGUUUUUCUUUUCAGAGUCGUUGCAGGAGCUGGCAGCAAGUGGUGUGGAAACGAAUGGCUGCAGAUCUGUUGUUGAGAGUUAUUGCAGAGCAACAGGGUUCGAUGACCUGGAUCCUGCGUGUUUUGUACGCUAUGACAAUGGUACGAGUGAUUUCACUGGUCGACUUCAUUUCUCCUGCUCUAGCGCAACUGAAUCACCGCAGUGCUAUGGGAACGGAUUGAAUUUUGGAUCUUUGAACGCCUUAGCACUGGAAUGUGUGGAUGCAUUUUUGGAAACUGGUGCCGAGUUGGUGUGUUACCGCCAGCAAUGUCGAGCGUCGUAUAACAUGAUUUUUGACAUGGGACCUUAUUGGAUCUACUUUGAGUGGUGGUUCGGCAUUUGGUUUACGCUGGAGUUGGCGCUUCGAUUUUAUAUAUCACAGAACCGAAAGCAGUUCUGGAGAAAUGUCUAUGUCAUAUUCGAUGUAGUUGCCAUCGUGCCGUUCUUCGUCGAGGUGAUAGAACUUCUAUUCGCACGGAUCCGACCAGGCUACGCAAUUGUUGCCACUUCAUCAUCAUUCAUUUCGGUUAUCCGUGUGCUUAAAAUUUUGCGAAUUCUCAAGCUUACGCGGCAUUUUCGUGGGACUAAAGUGCUGGCAUCCACAGCGAUAAAAGUUUGGAAACCUCUCGUGAUCCCGCUCUUUUUCCUAUUUACGGGAUGUAUUAUUGCUGGCGCAAUGUUCUACGAAAUUGAACGUGGCAAAGAAUGCUUCGUUGGAGAAGUAUGCAUGUGGUGGAACAAGAACGUACUGACACCUGAGUUGGAAGCUGGGCUACCGAUUGGAAAGCGCGUUUUGAUCCAAGAUAAGUCGAAAUCGACAAUUAUCGACAUGAUUCACUCUACGUGGCUCUCAUACACAACACUGACGUCGGUUGGAUAUGGUGAUCAUGUGCCAAGAACCUCCAUUGGGAAGUUCUUCGACAUAUUUGUGAUUAUCGUUGCUACUAUUUACUCAGCGAUGCCGCUAUCGCUAGUAGGCAAGCAGUUCUACUCGUUGUAUGAGAAGCACAUGGAAAAAAUGAUAGUCAAGAAGGGCGGUUCGUCUCAUUCCUGGCGUACGAAAGCUAACAUCUCCAUCGUCUCGCAAUACAAGCAAGCGACCAAACACCCUUCAGCUCGCAAACCGGAACCUUUUACGCUUUCGCAGGAUCAAUUGGUGAUCGCACAAGAGUUUGAGGGUAUGCGACUUACGAUUCUAAACCUCCAGCGCUCAUUGGACGCAACGACCAGUUCCCUUGAUACAAUACAACGCAGAACUUCUUCCGUCCCCAAAGGUGUCAAGGCUUCAGUCACUUCCAGACGGUCCGUGAAUGUGGGCCAACGAACUCCCGUACAUAUCGACAAGUCGAUAGAGCAAAAGAGCUCCGCCAUCCUGGAUUCGUUGAUGCAGUUUUCACAGGUGGUUGAAAAAAUUCAAGACGCUCCUGUAGAUUUUGAGGCGUUCGAGGAAGACGAUGAUCUCAGCAUCUUCCCCGCCGGUCAUUCCCCGCGACCCGUGUCCGACAUGGACGCGCUGGAGGGGGACGACACGUUCCAGCAAUAAUCUCGGCAACAACAAGUAAAACCAAAUAAGAAAAUCCCGGUUUGGAUUUUUGUGAUCAC